AUGACUGAGACUGAGGAUUAUUUACACUUCACUUUGCCAGCGUUAUGGAGCCUUGAUAAUUUCGCCGAUUGGUGUGCGUCAUAUGAAAGGCUCGAGUGUAAAAAAAUGAAGUUUCUGGACUAUAUGAAGAAAGGACUCCAGAAGAUUAUUGACAACAAUAUGAUUAAGGAAGAUAUACGGCAGAAAGCGUCUGACUUACACAAAGCUUUUAAGGUAUACAGUAAUGGAGAUAUUGGACUGAGCCAGGGGACUAUUCGUCAACUGGAAGACCGACUAUUCGUCUGUCCUCUUCUCUGGCCUCCUAUGGCACACUGGAGAACUAUUCGUUGUCUUGUAUUGAACUAUUCUUCUGUUCGACUUGAAGCUCCAAUGAGAGUCGAAUAUAAAGGUCUUGAUUUAGAAAGAACUUUUGCCGUCGACACCAUAGUGUACAUCUUAAAUCGACUAUUUAGGAUGCACCAAGACGAAUUAGAUGUUGCAUGGAUUGAACAAAUUACUCCAGACACAAAAGAUCAUAAAUUUGGUGGAUUGUACAAAGUGAUCAGGGGGACUGGUAAAGGUCAAGUCAUAAUUAUUAUAGAAUUUUCGUAUGGAAGAAAGACACCCGAGUCCAAAAAAAGUGGCGAUAUGUUAAAAUUGUGUCGAAACGCAAUGAGAGCUCUAAACAAAUUGUUAAAAACUAUACCAAAGGACAGUGCACGAGUAUAUUUAGUACAAUCUUUUAAUGGGUUUAUCGAAAUUAAAUAUUUAGUUCGGCCAAUUCCUUCGAUAUAUAUACUUCAACGCUUUAUGCAUACCAAAUUACCCACCUCCUUUGGAGACUUUGAACAAUUCGCUAACGAUCUAAAAGAUCUAACGAAUUGGCAGAAAAAGAAGGCGGAAAAAAAUCAAAUAUCAUCUCCUAGAUCUCCAUGUCCUGGUGGAUCGCCUUCAGAAUUACCAUAA